CGCCUUGUUUUCAUCCUCGCUGGCAUCUUCAGAGAGAGAGAGAGAGAGAGAGAACCUUCUGGAAUCCCGAAUUCUCCGUCCUGCCACGAAAUCUAUAGGCCAAAAGUCGUCAAAGUUUUCGCCAUACGUUAUGAGCUCUGACCCGAUUCCGGCGCCGGCGGCCGAUCAUUCCCAAACCCAACCCCCAAAACCGGAACCCCAAUCUCAAUCAUCUGACUACGCUCCCUACCCCAAGCUCGACCCGAACGACACCGUUCCGGUCUCCCUCGCUUCAGAUCCUCCCCUGCAGCAGUCUAGGUCACCGCCGGCUGCCGGAGGCCCCGCCCCUGUCGCCGGCUACGCCGCUACCACCAUGCCACCCGAGUCCAACCCUUACGUCUCCCCUGCUCCCGCAUCCGGACCCGGUUCCUCCGUUAAAAAUACAAUGGAUACAAUGAAGAAUGUGUUAGGAUCAUGGGGAAAGAAGGCAGUUGAGGCAACAAAGAAGGGCCAGGAUCUUGCUGGGAAUAUGUGGCAGCAUUUGAAAACUGGUCCAAGCAUGGCUGAUGCUGCAGUUGGGAGACUUGCUCAGGGAACAAAGAUUUUGACAGAAGGUGGCUAUGAGAAAGUCUUCCGGCAAACAUUUGAGACUGCUCCUGAGGAGAAACUGUUGACGGCCUACGCCUGCUACUUAUCCACUUCUGCUGGCCCCGUUAUGGGACUUCUUUACUUGUCUUCUGCAAAAAUAGCCUUCUGUAGCGAUGCUCCUCUGUCUUAUAAAGUUGGUGAGCAAACACAAUGGAGUUAUUACAAGGUGGUCCUUCCAAUCCAUCAGCUGAAAGCAGUUAAUCCAUCAGCGAGCAAAGUAAAUCCAGCUGAGAAGUUCAUCCAAAUUAUCUCUGUCGACAAUCACGAGUUUUGGUUCAUGGGAUUCGUAAACUAUGAUAGUGCUGUCAAGAGUUUGCAAGGCGUUUUGAUGGGACAUUCAUAGACAGGUCACCCACCCACUGCAUUUCCUGUCAGCAGAUGUGUGUGUGGUAUAUACUUGUGUGUGCUAUUAGUAUUGUUAUACUGCAUUUGAGCUUGGGGCAUUUCCAUAUAUAAUUUAUUUUAUUUACAAGUUAAAGGAUUGUUGUAGUGUAUAUGUGGUUUCAGACCAUCUGGCAUUGCAAUAUAUGAAUGGUUCUUUAUUGUGAA